AGAAGAGAGAGAGAGAGAGAGAGAGAGAGAGAGAGAGCGAUUUCUCUCUCUACACCCUCCCCCGCCCCCUCUCUCUUGCGCUCUCUCCACGCAUCUUCGUGGAGAUCUCGAUCGAGAUUGGGAUCUGAAUCCGUAGAUUCGAGUGUUUUCGUGGUAGAUCCGAAGUGGUUUCGGAUUCGGACGUGGUUUUUUGGUGGAGAUCGAGGGAGAGCUUUCGAUCGAGCUCUGAAUCGUCGGAUUCCGCCGAGAUUAGGAUUAUAAGGCAUUCUUAAUAUAUGUAAAGUUCGUUUCCGAUUGUCCGAUGGCUGGGGAAGUUCAAGACUGCCUCACCUAUCAGCAGGCUGAUAGUUUACACACUGGUUCUGUAUCAUUCGGACGCUUUGAAUCGGAGCCCUUGUCAUGGGAAAGAAGAUCAUCGUUUUCGCACAACAAAUACCUUGAGGAGGUCGAGAAAUGCUCGACACCCGGCUCAGUCGUUCAGAAGAAAGCGUAUUUCGAAGCCCACUUCAAGAAGAAAGGGCUUCUGUAUCCGGCUUCCCCUGGGAGCCUGUACGCGGUCGGAAAUAACGCUACUGAAAAUGGUAGUCACGACCAUCCAGACCACAUUGAAGACUGGGAAAAUGAUGAUGAUGGAGACGAAAAUCAUUUUUCUCAUUUUGACGAGACGCCAGCUGUCUCAGACGAGCACGAAGAGAUGGGAGGUGAAGAAGAAGAGGUGAUCUCACCGGCGAUGGCCUCACCAUCCAAAUAUUCACAAAAACAGGAUUUAUGUUAUGAUAAGAUACGUGAAGACGCUGCAAUCGAUGCACAAAAUAAGAAUGAUACAGUUAGAAGUCAGCAUGAAAUUUUUAGCAUUCCUUCAGAUCAGAAGGCCGGAGACGAGUCUGGCGGAAUUGUGGAAGAAUCAACUGAAAGAAGGGACAUUACAUCUAAAAAUACUACAGUUAGCAGAAAGAAAGAUCCUGGUAUGGAGAAAAGAGAAAAUUCUCAUAGGGAGAAGAAAGCAGUGGAACUUCGAUCUUCAAAAGUGAAUCAAUGGAGCCAAAUUCCGGUUACAAAAGGUUCAAUUGGGCCUUCGAAUGUUAAGAGUUCUCUUUCUUCUUCCAAGCUCAAUAAAACUUUGGAUAAAGUAGAUGGAGAGAAUAAAGUUAAAAAAGAAUCCGAAAAGCAAUCAUCGUUGAGGAUCUCACUAUCUUCUAACUCCAAAAAUCAAAAAGCAAUGGAUUCGUCAAAUGCGAAAGCUAAAGUAAAACCAGAGAAUAGAAGGUCUAUGCAUCUUGCGAGUUCAAUCAAGGCGGAAGUCAAACAAAGUACUGCUGCUUUUAAUUUUAGAAGUGACGAAAGGGCCGAAAAGAGAAGAGAGUUUUACAUGAAACUGGAGGAGAAACUUCAUGCUAAAGAAGCAGAGACGAAUGAGAUCCAAGCCAGAACACAAGAAGAAACAGAAGCCAAGAUAAAGCAGCUUCGGAAGAGCCUAAACUUCAAAGCAACCCCUAUGCCUUCUUUUUAUCACGGAACUACUCCAAGAAUUCCCGGUGCCAAAAAGAUGCCUGCAACCGCGAGAAGUUCUUCGAAGUUGCAAACGAGAAGUACAACUUCCGGAACUAAACCUUCACCCCGAGACAAAUCCGCAGCACAUCCAGAACUGACAAGCAAAGAAAGAUCUUCAAGUGGUGAACCUAUUGUUGCAGGGAAAGGAGACGGCAACACGAAGAGGGGGGAACGUAGUAGAGUAAGGAGCAGCGGUGCAGGGAAGGCGAUGAAGAGCAUCGGUAACGGUGAUCUCGCCGUCGAUGUUUCCUCCUGAGAAUGAAUGCUCUGGUCCUCGUCGUCAACCAUUUUUCUAGGGUUUUUCGCAUGCAUACUACCCCCUGAAAAUAUUGGAAAUGUUGCAGAUAUCCCUGCAAAGUGCGUAUUUGUGCGCGUAGCUCUAAAAUUCUUAUUUUAAGUAGGUGUGGUUGUCGGAGGCGCGCAUGCAGAUACCAACUUCGCGGGGGGGGCUUACACGAUGCGAUUUCUCGUAUUUGCUGGGGUUAUGUAUGUAUGCGAAGAACGUAGGAGACAAUAAAAGAGAUUCCUAGUCAUGUUAGAGAUUCUUAGUCAUGUUAUUUGUAGCCAGAAUAGAGAGAAUACAAGUAGAGGUGAUCAUGUUCAGGUGUUGUGUUUGUACUUAUUCCAUCCUGAAUCUAAACUCUCUUCUUGAAUUCAAUCUUUUAGAUCUUUCAUUUAUCUUCUUUUCAA